AUGGAAGAAACUGGAGAGAAUGAAACCAAUCUCAAUGAGUUUAUCUUAGUGGGAUUUUCACACCUGGCUGAGUUACAAAUCUUGCUGUUUUUGCUGUUCCUGAUGACAUACCUGGUCACCAUAAUAGGGAACAUGCUCAUUAUCCUGCUGAUCAAAUGCAAUCCUUCCCUUCAAACACCUAUGUACUUCUUCUUGGUGAACCUAUCAUUCUUGGAAAUUUGCUACACUACCAGUGUGGUCCCACAGAUGCUGAUCCAUUUAUUAACAGAGCAAAAAACCAUUUCCAAGAGUGGCUGUGCUGCCCAAAUGUAUGUAUUCACUAUCCUGGGACUGACAGAAUGCUGCCUGCUAGCAGCCAUGGCAUAUGACCGCUAUGUAGCCAUAUGCCAUCCACUGCGUUAUACAGUCAUCAUGAACCACCAAGUCUGUUCUCAGUUAGCAGUAGCAUCAUGGGUCACUGGCAUCUCAGUGGAAGUAGCUCAGACAGCAUGGAUCUUUAGCUUACCAUUUUGUGGUUCUAACCUUAUCCAACACUUUUUCUGUGAUAUCCCACCUCUGAUGAAAAUGGCAUGCACUGACACUUCUAAAAAUGAAAAUGUACUUUUAGCAAUAUCGGUACUUUUCAUCAUGGGUCCAUUCAUGCUAAUAAUCCUUUCCUAUAUCCAAAUUAUUUAUACUAUCCUUAAGCUUCCUUCUGCAGCAGGAAGGAGGAAGGCUUUCUCCACUUGUUCCUCACACCUGAUGGUGGUCACAUUAUUCUACGGGACAGCCAUUUUCACAUACUUGAGGCCCAAGUCCAGCCAUACUAUGGGAAGUGACAAAAUGAUUGCUUUGAUGUACACUGUGGUUACUCCAGUUCUAAAUCCCAUAAUAUAUACAUUACGGAAUAAGGAAGUCAUGGCAGCUUUUAGAAAGACACUUAUAAAGACGUUAUUAGCAUAG